AUGGACAGUAAACUCGCUCGGCUGGAUUCCAUUCAAACUAGUGUAAACAAUAUAAAUACACGGAUCCAGAGCAUGGAGACAAAGAUCAAUGCUCUCGAGAGUAAUGUGUGUGACAUUGAGAGGAGCCGCGAGUUUGAUAGCCAAACAUUGUCGGAAAUAAACAAACAGCACAAAGACUUAGAUAGUUACAUUCAAAAAGUAAAAAAGUUUGAAAGUGAGCGCAAUGCCAGUGAAACAGCUCUAAAAGCAGAAAUCCAGGACCUCAGAUGCCGCAGUAUGCGUGACAAUUUACUGUUUCAUAAAUUAUCAGAGGAAAAGGACGAAAACUGUGAGGAAAAAAUAUUACAAUUCAUACAAGAAAAACUAAAAACAGAAAAUGCCUCUCAACAAAUACGUUUGCAGCGGGCGCACCGGAUAGGUCCCUACAAUCCCGAAAAAACUCGACCGAUUGUGGCCAAGUUCGCCAACUUCCCCGACCGCGAGAAGGUACGCCGUGCGGCGAAAGAGCUGAAAGGCACAAUCUACGGUAUUUCUGAACAAUUUCCAAGAGAGGUAGUCGAGCAACGCCGGAAACUGAUACCCAUCAUGCUCCAGGCCCGGAAGGAUGGAAAGGAAGCCUACAUUAAGGUCGAUAAAUUGUUUAUUAACCACCAGCUUUACCGUGGACCGUGUUAG